CAAGGAUAGCUAAAGCAAAGGUCACAUUUGAAAUAUUGAAAGCUAAGCAGCCAGACACUCCAACUGCAACUAAGCACCCUGCUCCCACGAAUGUUCCAAUCAUUGUUCAACAUCCCAAGGAACUCCAGACCCAGAGAGUGGAAGAACACCAGAGACUAUAUCCUCUCAUGAGAUGGCUUUCAAGGGAUUCAGAUAUUUUUUUUUUAUCAUGGUAUUGGCCUGUCUUGGUUUGGCUUUUUUCUUGCUGAAAUUCAUUGACAUCUGUAUAUAUUCUCAAAGGAGGGAAGAGGUCAUGGACCUGACUUCUGCAACAGAUACCAGAAACUUUUUGCAUUUGCCAGAUAUCGACUGCCGUAGGACUCCUCCUUUCCUUGUACUCCUUGUGACCUCAGGACCUGGCCAGCUAAAAGCUAGGAUGGCUAUUCGUCAAACGUGGGGGAAACACAGACUAGUUGCUGGAAACCGCAUUGUGACAUAUUUCCUUCUGGGAAUAACCACAAAAGAAAGUGAUCUAGUUGACAUUACUUUUGAAAGUCAGAAAUACAGAGACAUUAUACAGAAGGAUUUUAUGGAUUCAUACUACAAUCUGACUUUAAAGACAAUGAUGGGAAUUGAAUGGGUUCACAUAUUUUGUUCUCAAUCCAGGUUUGUGAUGAAAACGGACACAGAUAUGUUUGUCAAUAUCUUUUACCUGAGUGAACUUCUUUUAAAAAAAAACAGAAACACCAGAUUCUUCACAGGCUUUUUAAUGAUGAAUGCACAACCAAUACGAUGCAGAGGCAGCAAAUGGUAUGUGAGCGAAGCUGAAUAUCCAGCAAGCACAUAUCCUCCGUUUUGUUCAGGGACUGGUUAUGUUCUCUCCACUGAUGUUGUUAGUCAGAUUUAUAAUAUUUCAGAAAGUGUCCCUUUUAUUAAACUGGAGGAUGUUUUCAUAGGACUGUGUCUCGCUAAACUAAAAAUCAAGCCAGAGGAACUUCAUUCAGAACGGACGUUCUUCUUACAUAAGGUUGGAUUCUCUAUUUGUCUCUUCCGGAAAAUUGUGACAUCCCAUAAGGUGAAACCUUAUGAGCUGUUGAUUUACUGGGAAGAAUUGGAGAAAUCAAAAGAUGAAAAAUGCCCAUAUGUGUGAGAUAACCAAGCUAAAAAAUGGACACCAAAAAGUUGCAGGACCAGCUUUUAAUAGGAUUACCACAUGGCAAGAAUUUGACUGGAUGGGCCAUUUUUAAAAAUGUAUUUGCCAGUUAAUAAUGUAAUUUGCCUUUUUUUACAGAGAGCUAAAGAUUUGCAUUAUUCCUAUGUUCCCACUUCCACACCUUAAGGAAACAAUAUUAUUAGUUUUAUCUUUAUGAGUUACAUAAGUGGCUGUUGGGGAGGGAGGCGGGAUAUCAGAAUUGCUUUGUGUGUGGGCAUUGGUUUCUUUGCAUAUCAAGGUGGAAACCCUAGCCUUCAGUCAAAGCAAAACUCCAAGUGAAGUAAAGCCAGGGGACCUGUGCAGAACUGACGAAUAUUUGUUUUAGCAAGACUUUAAUCUGCAUUUUUACUUAAAAUAUGAAAAUAUCUUGCCCCCAUUUCCAAUUUUCACUUGUUUAUUUUCAAACCUUGGCCUUUCUUGUAGAACACAAGCCAACAAAGCUGCUCUGACUUGGUACCAGCACUUUUGGUAAUGUCAGCUGUUGGGCUGGGAAUGCUUCUGUAUCAUUUGAUUCUUGUUGUCCUUUUCUCUGUUUCUCUAAUAUUAAAAGUUUACAGUUCAAAGGCCAUUCCUUGACACACUCUAACAAGGGUAGGACAACUCUUGCAGUGAGCUCUGUGUGAGCAGAGUUAUGCAUCUACAUGAAACCAUGCUGAAGACCGUGGGGCUUUUACACAAGCACACAGCUCCACCUUUUCAGAGCACAUUGCAGGAGUAGAGUUGUUAAGUACAUAUAUUAAUGUACAUAUACCUGGCACGGAUCGAGUCCUUAAGAUUGCUGCAUUACUUUUUAUGAUACAUUUCCCAUUUAAAAUUGUGUAUACAGGGUUUAAUCAAGAGCCUAAUGGAAGGAAGAAAUCAACAGUGCUAACAGAGUAUUUGAAUUGGUAAAUAAAUAAUGUACUUUAAUAUGUGACCCUCCCCCCUCAAUACAGGAUUAUUUUUUAAUUCAGAGGAAUGAUUAAAUACUGUAAAAUUCUAAACUCAAACAUCACAUUUCUCUUUAUCCUGAGAUAUUCAAAGGGACGGAAGAGAGCGAAGCAUCUCCAUUCUAGAUAAUGGGAUUUGGGCCGUGACUCCACUAGUCUCUCUUGAGAUCCCUAGCCUCAAUUGUUUCAAUCAUACUCAGGCCUGAUAUGUGAAAGGUGAAUGAAUAAAAGGGCUAUUUGUAUAUAGUGUAUUUGAUUUAAUCAAAUGUAAUUGUUUCAAGUAUAAGAGUUUAUUCUCCCCUGGAAUUUCCGCAUCAAUCAUUUUUUAAGGAUGAUAU